AUGGUUCGAUCGCCGUUUGACGUCUCAGACGAUGAGGAUGAUCCGUUCAGUGACAGAAACUACUCGCGGCUGGUUAAUCGCACUGAAGAAGUCAAAAACGUUCCUGACCCUGGGCAUUCCAGCCACGCUCCUUCCAAAACAUAUGCCCCUGUCUUCAACGUGAAUGAGGUGGCCAAGGAGCCUGCUUACAAUUCGACAACAAAGGCAAUUCCAGAAACACGGCAACAUGGUGCGCUAUACAAGACCCUGUUUGGAGGCCGUGAACGAGGAUGGCCUUACUUCACGUACUUCGUCAGCCUCAUUCAGAUAGCCGUGUUCAUCUACGAGCUGGUGAAGAUGGGCAUUUACACGAAAACCGUUUUUCAAACCAAACCAUACUUCAACCCCAUGCUCGGACCCUCAUCAUACGUGCAAAUCAAUGUGGGAGCCCGAUAUCUGCCCUGCAUGACAGUGAUUACGGGCUACACUGAUAACACGCAGCUAGAGUGGCCAUGCCCCAACUCCACGUCCACGUCUACCGAUGUCUGCAGUCUGGAGGAGCUGUGCGGCAUGGGCGUUGGUUUCUCCGACGGCACGCCGCGCCAAUGGUGGAGAUUGUUCACCUCCAUCUUCAUUCAUGCCGGAUUCAUACACAUCAUCUUCAACCUUCUGCUACAGGUCGCGCUUGGAUCUAAGGUUGAACGCUAUAUUGGACUACUCAGAUUCGCAUUUAUCUACCUCGCUGCGGGCAUGGGAGGCUCCAUUUUGGGGGCCAAUUUUUUGCCUGCUGGAAUGGCUUCAUCUGGAGCUUCAGGAGCGCUGUGUGGCGCAUGUAUCGCAAUGAACCUCAUUCUUCUCAUCUACAACAACAACAUCGAUCACUACGAUCCUCGUCUAAAAGGCCGUGGUAGCAGAAAGCUCUUUGUGAUGAUGCUAAUCGGUUCCGUGGUCGAAGUGAUUGUCAUAUUUGUGCUGGGAUUACUGCCAGGGAUAGACAACUUUGCCCACAUUGGCGGGUUUGUCAUCGGGAUCGCGCUGGGGACUGUCCUUUUGGACAGCCCAUCUUUUGUUUACGAGGAAGACGGGCAGACGCGCAAGCCAGCUGUCUUUUUCACUUGGAUCUUUGUUCGAAUCGCCUGUCUAGCCUUGACAAUAGCGUAUUUUGCACUGUUAGCGAAGAACUUUGCAGAUAAAGGUGCAGAGGCGUCGGAUAGCUGCAAAUGGUGCAAAUACAUUAACUGCCUCCCGGUCAACGGGUGGUGCGAGCUAGGCGACUUGUCUACUACGUCGUCAUGA